AUGGCGCAUGAUGAGCAUCCGGUGCAGCUUUUCGUGAGCCAGCUGGGCUUCCGCUACAGUGGCUACGAGCACUAUGCCGACCAGGAGUGGUUUUCCUUCGAUUUCCCAGACAAGCCCGCGAAGCUGUAUGUUGCAGACUUGACUUGUGACUUUGCAGCUGCAGCGUAUCAUCAGAUGCGCUUGGUCGAGUCCGGAGGUAUCAACUACUGGGAAGGUGGUGUCCACUAUUGGCACAGCAAGGUCUUGUUUCUCCCAAGGUCAUCGCACGUGGCGGCAGCGGAGGUGAACUUUGCUUCACUCGGCCGUGGCAGUCGAGGACUUGACGAGCUUUUCGACUACUCACAGGUGGAGGUGAAGCGUGCCUGGCGUCUUCAUGAAGAGGACGACGGCGGAGAUGAACACUGGUAUUCCUUCUCUCACACAUUUCCCACAGCGAGAGCACUUUCCUAUGAGGAGAUCGUGAGGUUUGUGGCUACAGCAGCACUGGACUAUCCCUACUUCACCUGGGAUGAAGCGGGCUCGUAUCAAAGCUGCAGCUGCCGGAUCAACAUCAAUGAAGGCCACUGCCGGAUCUUUGCAGAUCGCCUGCUGGAGCAGUUCGUGGCCCCGAGUGCGGCAGCGCAGCUUCCCCAGGACAUGGAUUCUGCUCACCGCCUGCCACGUGCGACCACACCGAACCAUGCAGACUCCCAGGAGGGUUGCUUUUGCUUUGGCUGGUUGGGCAAGCUCCUAUUCGGAUGCGGACGCGGCCUCUGGGUGCAACUCUAA